AGGAGCUGCCGCGGCGGCGGCGACAGCGCACAGCCGGGCCAGGCAUUGCCGCGCCUCCCGGGACGCCGAUGCGGGGCCGGCGGCGCGCGGGGAUCGCUCAUGAGGCCUCUGCCGAGCGGGAGGAGGAAGAUCCGCGGCCUCUCGCUAGGAGUCCUCGCCCUCUGCCUGGCCGCAGCCCGCUGUCUGCAGAGUCAGGGCGUGUCCCUGUACAUUCCCCAGUCGGCCAUCAAUGCCACGGUGGAAGAGGACAUCCUGCUCUCGGUUGAGUACUCCUGCCCUGGCGUCCCCACCAUCGAGUGGAAGUAUACGUCCACCUGGGGCGUGCAGAAGAUCGUGGAGUGGAGGCCGGGGACUCAGGCCAACAUCUCCCAAAGCCACAAGGACAGAGUCUGCACCUUCGACAACGGCUCCAUCCAGCUCUUCAGCGUGGGCGUGAGGGAUUCCGGCUACUACGUCAUCACGGUGACGGAGCGCCUGGGGAGCAGCCAGUUUGGCACCAUCGUGCUGCACGUGUCGGAGAUCCUCUAUGAAGACCUGCACUUCGUCGCCGUCUUCCUUGCUUUGCUCACUGCUGUGGCCGCGGUGUUAAUCAGCCUCAUGUGGGUGUGUAAUAAGUGUGCAUAUAAGUUCCAGAGGAAGAGGAGACACAAGCUCAAAGAAAGCACAACUGAGGAGAUUGAGCUGCAAGACGUGGAGUGUUAGCCAAGGCUGGGCCCAGUUACCUUCCUACCUCAAGAGGAAAACCUUAUUUGCCAAUGAAAGGAGCAAACACAGCCAGUCCUCCCUGGAGCCUCCUGUUGCCACAGCCACCCAUUCCUGAUGGGACAGCUGGAUGCUGACAAGGUUGACGGCCUGGAGCCGAGGUCUCUGGAUGGGACGGAGUCAGUUCUAGUGGCCUAGGGGGUCAAAGAGGAGAAUGGAGGCUGUGAGCCAGAGCUUUGCUCGUCUGUGGCUUCAGGGCCAUGUUGACCCACGAGCUGUGGCCCAGUGCAGGCCCUGGCUGCUUCCUCACUCAGCAUCUGGCCUUUGAUCAGAGGCCAGGGUAUUUCCGUAUCUGUGCCCAGCCACCGCUGGCCCAAGCUCUCUGUGCUCCGGGCCCCUCUGCCUGUGCCUCCGUCCAGCCUUCUGCUGUGGGAGCUGUCGUGAGCGCCUGAGGCUUUAGACCACCUGUCAGAGCAGGGAGAGGAUCACCCCGCCUGCCCUGGAGCUUUAGGGCCAAGAAGAGCUCAGUUUGUUCUGGAGGGACCAGCGUCAGGAGCAAGGGAGGGCGAAGAUGACCUUUGUCUUCCUCUCCUCCUCCAGCAUCAGUCGCAUGUUCCCUUCAAUGGCCCCGGUCGAAGCCAGUGUGAGGACCCUGCUUCAUCUGCACCGUGGGCAGCGUUUGGCUUCCCAGUGGCCCCCUGACAAGCUGGGUGACGCUACCUGUGCGAAGGCUGGGUCUGCAUCAUGGGUGGGACACCUGGCCAGUCAGUCGGUGUGGCCUUUGAACCUGUGCCCUUCCAUCCCUCACGCUCCCUGACUCAUGCCUUGCUCCCUCCCAGCUGGGCUGAGGAGCCCUCGGCCUAACCUACCUCACCGUCAGCGGGUCAAGCCCACAGUGGCACAGAGCCCUCUGUGCAAUUCAAGGAAAGCAUGAGGAAUCUUCAAGAGCCUAGAAAGCAAUCAGCCCGGUACUUUCUGAGUCCUGGAAAUGGGUAAAAUGCCCUGGGGUAUUGGAGCUCCUGGUGAAACUGGGGCCUGGAUCACAGGCGGUCUUGGCCCUUCUCUCAAGUUAUUGGCCAGGUUUCCCUGGGUUUCUCCAUCCCAGCUUCCAUUUGGCAAGCUCUAGAGCAGGCAUGAAUUGAUUUUCCAUUGGCUUUUCUCUCUCCAGCGUUCUUAGCUACCGAUCAGAGGUCCCAAAGUGAUUAUUGGCGGAGGCUGAGCUGAGUAGCUGUGUCCCCAGCCCUCAGCUGCAGAUUCACCCAUGCAGGCGUGAGGGAGAGCUAGAACAUUCUCUCCUGCCUCCCUUCAAGUCCCUAAUGUCCACGUCUUUUCUAGAAGUGGCCUGGAGAGGUUAGUGUGAGGCUUUUCCCUAAGUAGUGAACACAGGGCUACAGGAAGGGGUGGUUGGGGUAUUCAGCCUGGAGCUGUCGGUGAUCGAAAGCAGAGCCCCAAAGGCCCUGGUGGACUCCAAAGGCGAGAGAGCGGCAGAUCGACGUGACUGGUGUAGCCCUGGCACUUGCACCCAGAACGGUCUCACCUCAGGCCACUUCCUGGGCACACCUGUAAGCACGCGCACCUGCACCUUUCCCAGGCCCGUGCCCUGCAGGAUGAGUUCUGGUCUCCAGUGCCGCGAAGAAGCAGGGGGAGGGGGGCCAGAGAGAAGCAAAGGGGGUCAAGAGUAGUUGGGUGAUUCCUUCCUCCUUUUUCACCCAGUUAAGCCCAUCAGCGGGAAACUGAUGGCUCUGGGCAGCUGCUAGGAUCUCUGUUGUCUUUACCUGCCUUCUAGAACUCUGCCUCUCAGCUGCUCAUUAGUCAGGGGUGGUCAUCUUCAUAAGAAAAGGAGAAAUGGAGACGAAUACCCAGGGAGAGGCCCAGAUGGCAGUUAAAUUGCCCCCCCCCCCCAAAUUUUCAUGAAAGGUUAUUCCCUCAGCGCUCGCUCUCUUUUU